AUGGAGCCGUUCGUGAAGAAACGCCGAAUCGGCAACACUUCCGAUUCAUCCGAAGGUCUCGAAGCUUCAUCUUCGUCCGGUUCUAACGUCGAGGUGUUCGAAGAACACAUUCCAGUCAGCAAUUCUACACAAAAUCUGCAACAUUGCACAACAGUGACGUCACAUCCUUCAACAAAUGUGCUCGACAGAAGAAUUCAGGAAUUGUUGCUGUCAUCGCCGGCACAUCUCUUCUCGAUUGGUGCUUUAAAUUCACAGCAGACAUCAGUCUCGACUAGCUGGGAACAGUGGCUUUGCUUCUUGGCAUCGAAUCUUUCACCAUCUCAAUGGCAGGGUUACUGGUUGGCGCAUUGCGCCUUAUUUGGCGAACAAGCGGUGCCAGUACAUCUUCUCUCGUUUUUCUCGAAUCAAACUAGCGGAUUAGAGCCGUGUUCUUCUUCGCAUUCGGUCGCCGACUCAACACCAUUGAAUUUGCACCAACACCCGCAUCCAAAUGACGCAAUUCACACCAAAUACGAUAAUUUCCAUCAAGUCCGACCAAGUAUGGGAAAUGCCGCAAGGGGUGGUUCGGGUAACUCGCGGCGAGCCGAAUUCGCAAAUGCCACCGUAUUCUUGAACGGAAGAUUAGCCGCUACUGAGACAAGUGGACCGCGGUCGUCGGCCGUCGUCGCCGCUGUCGCGCGCACGACUACUAUUUCGGAAAUCGGUCAGCGUCUCUUGCUCUCCAGCAAUGUCGCAAUGCGAAAAAAUGUUGGCGAGGCUUUUGCCGCCAACCAACGCCAACACUUCUUUGCCAAUUUCGCCUUGGGAUUUGUCGGCGUCAGCGCAUGCGCGAGCAGCAGCAGCAGUAACGACUGA